AUGAAUUCCAUCUUCUUCACCGGCGGUAACUUUGCUCGACUUGCAGUGAAGAACAACACCAGGAAAAUGGGGGAAACAAAGAACAAAUCCCGUGUGUUAAUGGGCAAAGCGAAAGCACAACUCGAUUUCACGUACUCCGGAGGAUUUCCUCGUUUGAAGCAAUCCUUCGUUUCUUCCGAUCCUAUAUCGGAAAGUCAGGUGACCUUUUAUCUAAUUAUGCUAGCUAUGUUUCCUUUCCUGGAUCUCUUUAAGGAUAUGAUCUCAAGUGCAUCGUUUGUAAGAGGUGGGAUGUUGUACAACUCCCCUUUGUCGGAUGAAGCCAUCAUGUUUACUGGAGCUUGCUCAAGGUUACUCAGGUUCUCGUCACCACCACAGCCGUCUGCAACAUAUGUGUCCCUGUCAAUCAACAUCCCAAACUCAAGUCCACCCCCAAUUCAAAUGGAGGAGUUAAUUAACCGAGUUGACGAAGGAGAGUUUCAGAUUGUGUUCCUAGAACCCUUACAGGGACUGGGUGGCAUAUAUAGGUUUCAACAAAAAGACUUGAUCGAUUUGAGGAGUGCUUGUAACAAUUCCAAGACAGUUCUUGUGAUGGAUGAGGUUCAAUCUGGGUUAGGGCGUAGCGGAACCUUAUGGGCACAUACUCCAUUCGGUGUUGAACCGGAUGCUAUGCUCAUUGGCUUUGGAGACGACAUUGGGAUUGGCGCGAUUGUUGUCAACGACAUACUUGCUGAUUACAUUCAUUUUUAUCAGCCGGAUAAACAAUUCACGCCCACGCCACGUUACGUUGUUGUGGGCAUAAGAUCAAUUGGUCUGGUUUCUACUAUUGAGCUGAAGGUGAAUGCGCAACCAUUGAUCAUUGCAUGCCAACAGCUGGGGCUUCAGUUGGAGUUUGGGGGAGUAAUCAACAGCAUUCGGAUGAUGCCACCUGCUGAGGUAACCCACAAACAAAUUGAUGAAGCUGUUGCAAUCCUUCAGAAAUCCAUGAUAAUGGUAAGCUAUUAG